AUGUCGGCACCUACAAGUGAUAGUACUGAAGCCAUCACCAACUCUGGCUACGGUAGCAGCGACGAAACUGCAAGUUUGUUGGUCGCAGCUCCAGCUGUGACAGUUAUCGUGCCCACCGAGAAUAGAACUGUGAAGCCGAUCCUACAGCGGCAAGAUUGCACAACUAACUUACGACCCCAAUUGUCAGGUGGCCCAGGCAGCGAGGAGAGUGCAACGUCUGUCAGAAUUGAAGAUAACUCGACAAGAAGUGUUCCCGAUAUAGAAUUACAAUGUCGAGAUCCGCCAGACCGGCCACAAACAUUAAUAUCACCCGUGGCCACCGGCAGCCACAGAUGCUCCGUUACCACAUGCCAAUUAGUUCCUCACGGAUACACUAGAUGUCGCGUUUGCGAACGCAGGCAGUCCACGGCGCCCGUGUCCGCUUUGCACCUAGCGCGAUCUGUUUCAAGAGAAAGCGUUCGUUCAGCAUUUCAUUACAACUGCGGCUGUAGUUCCCUUCAUGCUGUAAACACGUGCCCCGUCAUACAACCGCCGGCGCUACUGUUGCCCACAACUAGUACUCGAAUCAUCCGCCAGAGUUCGCAGCCGGAGUCGAGCGCAUGCGUGACCCACUGCCCUCAUCACGCCCACCACCACCCCAGCGCCUCCUUGCGUCAACUGCGAGAACCGGGCGAUGGAAUAGCGGGCAUUGCUGCCGAUUCUCUGAGAAUAAAUGGCGGAAUGCGACCCUUCAAACAGGGUCUCCUCCUCUGCCCACAAACCUUGUCGCAGACUCGCCGAGCUCGUCUCAGACGCGCAUUCACUGAAGCCACGGGAGAUACUGUUAACUACGUUUAUGCCCCCACUAGCGCCGCUGCAUGUGAGGACGUUGAAAAGUUCUAUUCUGAUCUGGAAACAAUAACCUAUAGGAUGCCAAAAAGAGAACUUCUCCUAAUCAUGGGAGACUUUAACUCAAAAAUAGGUUGUGAAUCUCAUAUAUUGAGCUCUUGUGUAGGCAAACACGGUCUGGGACAACGCAAUGAGAGGGGAGAGCGUCUCAUACAAUUUGCCACAGAAAACGACCUGGUGAUAUCAAACACUUUCUUCCAAAACCACCCUCGAAGAAUUUACACUUGGAUCUCACCUGAUGGCAAUUACCGCAACCAGAUCGAUUACAUAAUGAUUCGGUCACGAUGGAGAACAACCAUAAGAAAUGCGCAUACAUUACCAGGGGCUGACUGUGGAUCAGACCAUCAGUUAUUGAUUGCAAAAAUCCAGUUAAAGCUGAAGGCGUGUAGAAAACUAUAUAAACCAAAAAGACUCGAAGUAAAAGAUAUACCAAAAUUUACAGAAACUAUAGGACAAAAUUGGCAGCAGUGGUUGACGACGGACUCAAGAACAGAAUGUCCGGAAAAAUUGUGGGAGCGCGCAAAAGACCUUUUCAGUUUUGCUAUGAAACAAACAACAACACCU